ACACCGACUAACCUUAAAGUUCGUUCAAUAAUGGUGCCCGUCGUAAUUUUGAUAUUUCCUACAGUCCCGAACGCCGCGGUGUUUGUAUGACGUCAUUUUUAUCCGACAGAGAUCGUGUUCACAGCGUUGGGUCGUUUUCAUAAAAUAAACCUGCGGAGGAUGACCAUAACACCUGGCUGGCUGCUGCUUCUCUCUCUCUAUGCUGGUGUCUGGUCAGUGCCGAUUGAUCACCAUGGAGGCAACCAUGAAAUUAAAGAGGAAGUACAGGAAGAGAGUGUGGACACUGGCCUGUACUAUGACAGAUACCUCAGAGAGGUGAUUGAGGUUUUGGAGACUGACCCUCACUUCAGAGAGAAACUGCAGACAGCAAAUACAGAGGACAUCAAGAAUGGACGUCUCAGUAAAGAGCUGGACCUGGUCAGUCACCAUGUCAGGACUCGGCUUGAUGAGCUGAAACGACAGGAGGUUUCUCGCCUAAGGAUGCUGCUAAAGGCCAAGCUGGACAGCACAAAUACACAAAGCCUGCAGAUGGACCAUGCCUCCCUGCUGAAGCAGUUUGAACAUCUGGAUCCUCACAAUCAAAACACCUUUGAGGCUAAAGACCUUGAGUUACUAAUCUCUACAGCCACCAAGGACCUGGAGAAUUAUGACGCUGAGAGGCACGAGGAGUUCAAGCGCUACGAGAUGCUGAAGGAGCACGAGAGGCGGGAGUAUCUGAAGAGCCUGGACCAGGAGAAGAGAGAGAGGGAAGAGAAGAGAAUGCAGGAGCUAAAGGAGAAGCACCGCCAACACCCCAAAGUGAACUCUCCGGGCAGCGUCGCUCAGCUGCGGGAAGUGUGGGAGGAGACAGAUGGACUUGAUCCUCAAGAGUUCAACCCAAAAACCUUCUUCAAGCUCCAUGAUACGAAUGAAGACGGUGUCUUGGAUGAGCAGGAAUUGGAGGCUCUUUUCACUAAGGAGCUGGAGAAAGUCUAUGACCCGAAAAAUGAGGAAGAUGAUAUGAUGGAGAUGGAAGAAGAAAGGCUGAGAAUGAGAGAGCAUGUCAUGAAGAAUGUGGACAUGAACAGGGACCGGCUCGUCAGCCUGGAGGAGUUUCUCAAAUCCACAGAGAAAAAGGAGUUCAGUAAUCCCAAAGAGUGGGAGACUUUGGACGCCAAGCCUGUGUACACAGAGGAAGAGCUCCAGAGAUUUGAAGCUGAGCUCAGGGACAAAGAAGAGGAGCUCAAGAGGCGAGCAGAGACGCUGCGUCAGGAGCAGGAGCUGCUGAAGGAGAGAGGUAAAGCCCUGGAGGCCCAGAGGAGAGAGUACCAGCAGGCGGUGCUAGAAAUGUCCAAUAGACAAAAAGUCCAGGCAGCCGAGAGACACCCUCCCUCGGGCCCUAAUGGAGAGCUACAGUUCCAGCCAGAGACACAAAAACCUGAAUUCAAAGAAGCAAACCCUGAACAUGAAGCUGAAGCCCAGAGUAACCUGCCUGCAGAACCUCCACAGAAUCUGCCUUCACACACUUAACGGCACACUCUGACCGCCUUAACAAACACACACACACACACACACACACACACACACACACACACACACACACACACACACACACACACACACGUUUUUACACCCACAUGGGGACAUACCAUUGACACACGCACAGAUCUGACACACAAAGCCAGGUGGGUUCUUCAAACUCAGCCAUGUCAACAGUAUGUAUACAUGCAGACAUUCUGCUGAAUCUCAACUUACUGUACUGUGCGUUCAUUUUUGUGGUCUAUAUUAGAUUAAAGAUCUCAUAACAGCAGAGAUCAGUUAAUAUGUUAUAGAAGUCUUCAGUGUUCUGGGUGUUUUCAUUUAUGGAAGGUAUCAAGUGUAAAACUCAACAUCAACAAAUAAAGUCUUAAUUAAACACCUCCA